AUGGACAGAGACCAGCACGAGCUGCAGUUCCUUGGGUUCCUCAGCGUCUACAGAGAGACCUCCACGACCAUCCUCAAAUGGAGGAAGAUCUUCGCUCAGAUCACGCUCACGCUCAUCCUCCCUCUCUGCAUCGUCUUCCUCGCAUUAUCCGACGUCACGCAGCUCUUUUCCUCCGAGAUCGUCAUCUACGAUAUCAACCAGGAGGACACCUGGAAGUACAGCCCGAGGUACAGAGACCUGUCCUCCAUGCUCAAGAAUUUCUGGCUCAUCGAGCUCGGCUUCUUCAUCUCCAUCUCCGUCUCUCUGCCUUCGAUCUCGGCUGUUGUCUACACGGUGGCCUGCGUCUACGCCGCCAAGCAGAUUACUUUCAAGAAGAUCAUGAGUAUCUUGCCCAGAGUGUGGAAGAGGCUCAUGGUCACUUUUUUCUGGUGCUUCGCACUCUUCUUUGUGUACAACGUUGUGGCUAUAGGGCUUCUGAUCGUAUGGCUGGUCAUCGUGGGUGAAUAUUUAGUUGGCCCUACACUUGGGAUUACCGUGGCGGUCAUUCUCUUGAUUUUGUACGUUGUUGGGUUUGCUUACAUCACCAUGAUUUGGCAAUUGGCGAAUGUGAUCUCGGUUCUUGAAGAUGCAUAUGGAAGGAAGGCGAUGGCGAAGAGCAAGGGAUUGCUAAGGGGAAAGAUGGGCCUAUCGGUUUGGUGUUUUCUUGGUGUCUUGAUGUGCUCCGUGCUGUUUCAGGCACUGUUUGAAUCCCUUGUGGUCUUGGACUCGGUUCCUACUGGAAUCAGGAUCGCGGCUGGGCUGAUCUGUUUGCUGUUGCUGUCAAUGCUCGUGCUGUUCGAUUUGGUCGUGCAGACAGUGAUCUACUUCGUCUGCAAGUCCUACCACCACGAGAACAUCGACAGCUCCUGCUUGUCUGAUCAUCUCGAGGUCUGUCUUGAAGACUGCCCCUCUGAAGGCCGAAAGGCUGUCCAGCUUGAACAGCUUCAAGUCUGA